AUGCUUCAAAUUGCUUUCGGUGAUACUUAUAUGAGUCAUUCGAAGAUUUAUGAGUGGUAUAGCAGAUUUAAGAAUGGUCGAACUUCCGUUGAAGAUGAUCCAAGAGCAGGAAGGCCUUCAACCUCCACUACCAAGGAGAAGAAGGAAGAAAUCGAAGCCCUUCUCCAAGAAAACCAUCGUUCCACAAUCAGAAAAUUAUCAGAAGAAGUAGGCAUAUCAAUAGGGCAAUUGGAUCAACAGCAACAACGUAAUCUACCUUCUAUGAUCUUGAACGAUACCGUGAGCGCCGCGUUCCGACUGAUGAAUGAAUUAAUGAUGAUGAAUUAA